AAGAAAAUUUAAUUGUACUCGGUAGUAUAAAAAUACUUCCUCUUUUCCUUAAUAAGAGAAAACUUAUUUUUUAGAUAUAUUGUGUAACUAAUAUAUGUAUCGUAUAAUAUAGAUUAGAUACACUAGUUAUUUAAUGAAUAAAAAAAACAAUAAAUAGUACCUAAUAAUUAUUUAAAACAAUACUUAUGUUUGUCAAAAAAAAAUACUUAUGUUUAAAAGAUAAUUAAUUUGUCUUUUUCUAAAAAAAAUUAAUAAAUAUCUUGUCAAAAGUUUAUGUUUAGGAACAUAAAUAGUAGUACUAGUUAAUAGCAAGAGAUUGAAAAUUUUGGAAGGUAAAACAUGAAGAUAAAGUGUGAAGUUUGAAGUGUUUUUGUGGUAGUUGUUGAAGUGGGAUUGGAGCACACAAUGUUUAUGGUGUUGUGUAGUUCCAACAGCACUCAAGCUCUAAUUUUGAACUUAGCUUCACCUUUAGAUUCUUUGUCACAUAGAAGAAACUAUGCUUCUAAUUCAGUUACUAAGGUUGUUGGAGAUAGAACAAAAAGAGUUAGAAAAUGGAACAUGGCAGUUAAUAAGAGUGGUGAAAAUAACUCAGUUACAACUACCACCACACACUUUGAUGAUAACAACGUUGUAGAUUCAGCUUCAAAUGUUGUCAGAAAUUUCUAUGAUGGAAUCAAUUCACAUGAUGUGGAUUCUGUACAGUAUCUUAUAGCUGAAAAUUGUGUUUAUGAAGAUCUUGUUUUUCCAUCUCCCUUUGUGGGUCGUAAGGAAAUUAUAGAGUUCUUCAAAAAGUUCACUGAUUCUACAAGCAUAGAUCUGCAGUUUGUUAUUGAUGAUUUGUCUACAGAGGAUUCAUCAUCAGUUGGAGUGAUUUGGCAUUUAGAAUGGAAAGGAAAAGCUUUUCCCUUUAGCAAAGGAUGCAGUUUUUAUCGUUUGGAGGUGAUUAAUGGCAAGCGACAGAUAACAUAUGGGCGAGACAGUGUUGAACCUGCGAUCAAACCAGGGGAUGCAACUUUGGCAGUGAUAAAGAGUGUUACAUGGCUUCUUCAACGAUUUCCUCAGUUGGCAGACCGGUUAUAGCGAAAGCUAUACAUUAUUUUGGAAUGUCCAUGUCUCAUAUUUCUCUUUUACAGAGUAAUAUGUUGAUUUGAUUGUAGUUUGGAUUGUGUAACACAUAAGAUUCUCCAACACAGAAAAUGUGAAAGUGUUGUGUAUAUAUAUACAUAAAAAGCAAAGUUAAAUUAUGUAAA